AUGGAAGAAACGCGCUUCGCUGGAUUCAGCCAUGGCGAUGUCUUCGGCUUUGAUCAAUUGAAGAAGAUCAAGAUCACCGUCUCUCCGCCGAGCGUUGAGGAGCCGUUUUGGGCUACGAAACAUACCGAAGCGGCGGAGAGGGGAAGAACCGGAUCAGCCAUCUUGACAUCGAGUUUGCGAAACUGCAAGACGUCGACAAAGGCAUGGUUGCAGGCCGGCGUGCCAUCGUCGCCGCUGAGCACUACCUUUGCGAACACUCUUCGCAAACAGCCAACAUCGACUUCGAUCCACAACCUUUCUGAUGUCGAAGUGAUCUUGCUUCCAUUUUCGAUCCUUCGCAGCCACAAGGUCGACAUUCGAUUACCGACCGUCUUUGGAGGGCACUCGAACACUGACAACUUCGUCGACAGCCUCAGAACGGACGCCUGCCCCCACACCAGCCAGAAGAAUACCGGGCAGCUGGGCUUUAUGGACCACGAGGCUGUGCUUCACAUUCGUGGACUUUAUCACGAUCUUGCGCGCUUUAUGAUGGCCGGACUCUAUGGCGCUGCGCGGCCCGACAACAGCUUCAUCUUUCCGAACCUUAGUGCAGAAGAUAUGAUAGAGGACGAAGAAAGCGUUCGACAAGUUCUAUUUACGGCGUCGCUCGAACGCACGAGUAGCGGCAAGCGGCGCAAAACGAUGAGAGUCGGUGAUGGACACGUCGGCGAGAAGGUUGCAACUAGAUGCGACGAGGAGAACGACAUGCAGUAUGCCGUCGCCGCCCCUCUGCCGACCGCUACGACGGCCACCAGGAAGGAUCGCUACGAUCAAGCCACUUCAGAUGCGACGGACAGUGCGGCAAAUGGCACGUUGGGCGUAAAACGCCAGGACAGCAUGGGAAGAGGGGAGUAAUCGAGCCUGCAUGCAAAGCUCGGAAAGUGUGCUUCACGGAGCCAGCAGCGCAAGCCCGCAUAAUGCACCUUUGCACGGCAAGUAAGCCGCAGCCGUCAACUGUCGGUAGGUUGUCAGAACAGAACAUGGAGAAUACGUAAAUGGAAAUGACUUCCCGUGCGGGAAAAGCAGGCCAAAAAUCUCGCGAAGCAGCCCCGAAGCUGCAGCUUCUACUUGGGUAGAACAACUGUUACCAG